AUGAGUUGCCGUACUCUUCGCCGCCGAGUGCUAAACAUGGAAAAGGAUUUGCGUGCGAUUAUCCAUUUGGGAAUUGCGUUUAUGCUGAUUUUUUCCGCUUUCAACAGCCAAGGAUUCAUUGAGAUUUCUUAUCUAAGAGAUGUGGCUCGUGACGAUCCGUCUUCAGGGAUUAAUGAUAAGUCAGGAUACUACAGUUUGGCGAUUAUCUACUUUUUCUUCACAAUAUCUAAUUUCUUCGCUCCCCCCAUAAUUAAUAUUCUCGGUUCCAAGUGGGCCAUGGCAUUUGGUGGGAGCACAUAUGUAUUUUUCAUGCUUGGCUUCUUUUGUUUAAAUUCAGUAAGCCUAUACCUUCUUUCUGCCCUAGCUGGAUUUGGUGCUGCUGUGUUAUGGACUGGGCAGGGCGCUUAUAUGGUUGCAUGGUCAAGAGUUGAUACGAUCACAAGAAAUAGCGGUAUAACUUGGGCGCUACUGCAGACCUGCUUAGUGUUUGGCGGCGUUUUUCUAUUUUCAUUGCUGCUUUCAGACUCUUUGGCAUCUUCUAUGCGACUCCUGUAUUUGAUAUUUGCUUCUGUAUGUGCGGUUGGCGUUCUUACGUUGGCACUUCUUCCGAAACCACCCGUUGAGCAGCAAGAACUCAGCGACGAUGAUGAUGACGACGUUAAUGUCGUUGAAGGAAGAUCAAAUUCUAUGACAAGGAUUGUUCGUUCCUCUGUUGCGGCCAAUAUUACAACUUGGAAAGAUGAAUUUCGAAAUACCUUGCGACUUUUAACGACACGUCGUAUGUUGCUCCUCUCGUUUGUUUUUGUGUUUUCUGGUCUUGAGCUGACCUUCUUUAGCGGUGUUUACUCCACGUGCUUACUGGCUUUCUUAGCUUUGGACGAUAACCAUGGUGUUAUCGUUGCAUACAAUGCUUUUCUUUUAGGCGCAGGACAGAUUGUAGGUGGACUGCUGUUUGGUAUUUUCUCAAGAAGAACGGUGUUCAGCGGUCGUAAUCCCGUAAUUUUUUUGGGAACUGUAGUUCAUAUAACAACUUUCUUCUUGAUAUUCUUGAAUAUUCCAAUGGAAGCCCCCUUGCAUAAAACUGGCGCGCAAGGAUACAUUACGCCGAGUUAUACUCUUGCUUUGGUCUGCAGUUUUCUGCUAGGCUUCGCUGACAGUUGCUGGAACACGCAGAUUUAUUCGCUUUUGGGUUGUUUAUAUAGCAUUAACAGUUCGAAUGCUUUCGCUUUGUUUAAAUUCUUCCAGUCACUGGCGGCUUGCAUCAGCUUUUUUUAUGGGUCAGUGUUGCUACUUCAUUGGCAGUUGCUAAUCAUGACAGUUUUUGCGGUUCUUGCUUCACUUUGCUUUUUCCCAGUUGAAUGGGAAGCUUUAAGCAUGUCAGUACCUCCCAUAUAUUCGUAA